GGAAGCCGGAAGUGGACCUGUGAGGACGUGUUCCAAGGAAGCCGGAGCCGGGGGUCCGCGCGGCCGGCGACAUGGAGCCGCUAUACCAACAAACACACAAGCAGGUCCAUGAGAUCCAGUCUCACAUGGGACGCCUGGAGACAGCAGACAAGCAGUCUGUACACUUAGUAGAAAACGAAAUCCAAGCAAGCAUAGACCAGAUAUUCAGCCAUCUAGAACGUCUGGAGAUUUUGUCGAGCAAGGAACCACCUAAUAAAAGGCAGAAUGCCAAACUUCGUGUUGACCAGUUGAAAUAUGAUGUCCAGCACCUGCAGACUGCUCUCAGAAACUUCCAGCACCGGCGCUAUGCCAGGGAGCAGCAAGAGAGACAGCGAGAGGAGCUUCUGUCUCGUACCUUCACCACUAACGACUCUGACACCACCAUACCCAUGGAUGAAUCACUGCAGUUUAACUCCUCCCUCCAGAACAUUCACCAUGGCAUGGAUGACCUCAUUGGAGGCGGGCACAGUAUUCUGGAGGGACUGAGGGCCCAGAGACUGACCUUGAAGGUGGGGUCCCUGCUGGGAAACAGGGAGAAAGCCUCUUUUUUGGGCUUCAUCCUUCAGUUUAGAACCUGCAUUUUCAUUUUGAUUAUGUGUCCUCAGGUUUUGAUAUUGUGAUGGUGAGACAGAGCCCUCGAGUUUGUAAUCCUUCAUAUUGGAGUUGAAUUAUUGUAAGCCCAAAAGUAACCAAAUCCCCUUUGCCAGAGAUGGAAACGAACCAUUAAGUGGCCUCUCUUUGUGUCCAGGUCUUUCCCCAUUUACUGAACCUACAUGAAAUGACUGCUACUACAAAGGGAAAGUUCUGUUAAAGACUUUGCUCUCAUAAGAAUGAAGAUGUGGCUGCACUCUAAGGUGGUUUCCCUUAGGAUCCCAGCUGUGGACUGCCUUCUAUCUGAGGCCUUAUUGUGCUUCAGUCCUGACUCCCCAUGGUGAGGUAUUUGGUCUGCUGAAGAUUAUAGUAGAUAGCUUCUAGACCACGUGGAGGUGACCCCAGCCACCCUUCACUCUAUAGCCACAGGUAUUCCUCAAAGUCCUGCCCCACUGGCACUACUGAGACU